AUGGAAAAGCUCCACCCCAGCAAUUUCUCUCCUGCUGAAACACCCAUCACUUAUAGUACUGUUCUCCGAUCCAGCAAGAUCGUCAAUCCCAAUACCAACACAAAAAUCCCAAGAACACCUAUGUCUAGGCCUGAGGUCUUGCUCUUGUAUCACAAUAGCGAUGAUAAGAGCUGCAAUAACUUAAGAAAAUUAAUUUAUGACAAAGUAAAACCAUCUGAACUUAAUAUUGGAGUUGAACGAAUACGUAAUAUAGGAAACGGCGGCUUGGCUCUCGAGCUUAAGAAGGCAGCUGAUGCCCAAAAACUUCAAAACUAUAUUGAGGAUAAAAUUUCGGAGAUUGCUGUUAAAAAACCUAAGAAACGUCUACCGAAUCUCAUAAUGUACUUCGUGCCUUCACUGAUCGCACAUGAAGAAUUGCCACAACUCUUAUACAAUCAGAACGAUACAAUAUCUGAAAAUUUCACUGAGGAAGACUUCAAAGGGGCAUUAAAUACUAAAUUCACAAUGGGAAAGAAAACUAAACCAUUUACCAAUUGGGUGAUCGAGGUCACACCCCAGCUGCGAAAGCAGUUGUUAAUUCUGGGCAAGGUAAACCUGGAAUGGCCCAGGUGUCGCGUGGCGGAUUUCUGCCCCGUCCUGCAGUGCUAUCGCUGUUGCAGAUUCGGUCACACUACUAAAAAUUGUAGCCAGACCACUGCAACAUGUAGCCACUGCACGGGUGAACAUGUAUUUAAAGAUUGCAACCAAAAAGACAAACAACCAAUUUGCAUCAACUGUAAACAUGAAAAAGUUAGUAAUGCCGAUCAUAAUGCACGGGAUAGCUUCUGUCACAUCUACCAGCGUAUCAAAUACAACUUGCUAAAACAAAUCGACUAUGGAACAAUAUGCUAA